AUGCCUGUGUAGAAUUACGGCGAGCGCGCGUGCGUGUAUGUGUGUAAAUUUUGUCCAUGCUGCGCGCGACCGUUUGUUUUGCCUGGGUCAACACAUGAAGGACUUUAAUAUCAACACUGCACAAAGUACACACAGCGCUUACCGUAAAUAAAACGGUUCCCGCUGUUUGUGUGUGCGCGCGCGUGUGUAUCAUUGGCGUAUCCGCGCGACACCCCUCUCUCCACCUCCCGACGUCACCGCUCUCCAUCACUCGUUAAGGGCUCCGGCUACAACCAGCGCUCACACAGACGUACGCGCGCGCACAGCCGCUAGCCAGCAGGCUAACUACCGUUUCCUCUUUCCCUACCGGCGGUGCGGUCGUUGCGUUCAAACUGUGUUUUCCCGGUGUUGUUAUGUGAAGACGUGACUCUCGUCGUAUAACGGAGAAUAUUUAUCUGCAUCUCUUCCUCGGCUGACCGGGAGCCGCCAUGGAAUGCCGCGUCCUGUCCAUACAGAGCCAUGUAGUCCGGGGAUAUGUGGGCAACAAGAGCGCCUCUUUCCCGUUACAGCUUUUAGGGUUUGAGGUGGACUCAAUCAACUCCGUCCAGUUCUCCAACCAUACAGGAUAUUCUCACUGGAAAGGUCAGGUCUUGACAGCAGAUGAGCUUCACGUUCUUUAUGAGGGGAUCAAACUGAACAACGUGCACCACUAUGACUAUGUUUUAACAGGGUACACCAGAGACACGUCCUUCUUGGAGAUGGUGGUGGACAUUGUUCAGGAGCUAAAGAGAGCCAACCCCAACCUGGUGUACGUGUGUGACCCCGUCCUCGGAGAUCAUGGAUCUAUGUAUGUUCCUCAAAAUCUUUAUCCCGUCUAUAAGAACAAGGUGGUUCCUGUUGCUGACAUCAUCACUCCUAACCAGUUUGAGGCUGAAUUAUUGACGGGGAAAAACAUCAGCACAGAGAAAGACGCUGUAGAGGUAAUGGACCUCCUCCAUGCGAUGGGCCCAGACACAGUGGUUAUUACGUCCUCUGAUCUUCCCUCUAGACUGGGAGACCGCUUCCUGGUGUCAUUGGGCAGCCAGCGUCAUGUUCGUCCAGAUGGCAGCAGGACAACACAGAGAGUGCGAUUAGAAGUUCCCAAAGUGGAUGCUGUCUUUGUAGGAACUGGAGACUUGUUUGCUGCUAUGUUGCUAGCGUGGACACAUCACUACCCCACUGACCUAAAGACGGCCUGUGAGAAAACGUUUUCAGUGAUGCAUCACGUUAUCCAGAGGACCAUAUCCUACGCUCAUGAGUUAGCAGGUCCUGGUCGGAGGCCCAGUCCGCCCCAGCUGGAGCUGCGGAUGGUCCAAAGUAAAGCUGACAUAGAAGAUCCUGCCAUAGUUACGGAGGCCACAGUCAUAUCCUAACGUUGCCCACCCAUAAGACUCAUACUAACCUCUCCAUCCAUAAAUCUCUCAGCUCCUGUAUCUCGGUAAAUCUCUCAUUACUGUAAACCUUGACUGUCAUUGCCUAACUUCAAUAACUCAUCAUCCAGACUCCUUAAACACCUUAGUAUUGUAAACCCUUUAGUCCUUUAACCCUUUGAAGUCCUCAGUGUCCUGAUCCCUAACUUAACCCUUAACCCUGUUUUGGAACCAGAGCCAUGGAUAGACAGAAGGUUUGGUCAGGGUAUCCGAGAGGACUUUGCAGCAGCUCUUUAGAAAUUUUUAGGGCUCUCCGGAUGACUCAGAUAGGGAACUUCCACAAGCACAAAAUGUCAUAUGUUAAGGUUAAUGAGAGUGAUGGCUUUAAAAAAAAUAUCAUCCAGUAUUCAAUCAUCUGCACGACAGUGGAAUUGAUUUGGAGCUGGUAAACUGAGAUCUGGGCAAAAUUCACAACUGUUAUAGAAAACAUGGGAGAGGUUUUGUCCUUGGAGUGCUGCUAGGAUAAGUUAAUAGUCUUACCUCUGGUUUAAAAUAAUAUUUUACCUUUUUUAAGUUUCAUAAGACUUAUUAAUAAGUCUUUUCAAAAAGUUCUCAUGGAUAACUUGAUAACGAUCUCGGGUUUAGUUUCUGUGGCUUCUCUUCAGUCUGGCCUGGUUUUUUGCCCCUGUAGCCACACUGAAUAGUGAUGUCAGUGUAUUUGGAUGCACGUCAGUCUAUUCACAGUGACCCAGCUGCUGAAUAACAGCUCUCGCACAGAGUUAGACUGUAUUUGUGGUGUUAGUAAGGGUCAUGUGUACGAGCAAAUGUAUGCACGUGCACAUGAAAAUAGGUGCACCCAUGCUUUCUUAAAAAAUAAAAAAAACAAUAAAGAAUGCAAACAUUUUCAUGGUAAAUAGCAAUAAUCAGCUGCAUCUACAGGCCAUCCUUGUUCUGCUCUGCAGUGAGCUCAGCAUAGGAGCAGUAGAAACAGUUCUCCACCUGCUGCAGGUUCUGAUUAUUUAUUAAAAAUUAUUUAAUUAAGAAAUGAUGUAAGAGUAUCUGAGUUUACUGGGACUAGAUGGCUACAUAAACCUUUCCCAACAAGUAAAGACAUGUAAACUCCACAAACUCCUGCAUGGAGUCAACUCCAGGUCCCUCUUGAUGUGAGAAAACAGUGUUGCCAAGGAUACGGCAGACCUCUGGGUCGAAGCUGAUUUUCAGAGCAGAACAAGAAUUACUGUCAACAGCUGACUUGGAGUACGCGUGACUGUGGGACGAGAUCUUUUUGGUGGAUGUAGUUGAGUAAUGGAACGUAUGAACCUACAUGGAACACAUCACGGAUCCUGGAUCUGGUGAGUAAGCCGGCUGAUAGAGGAAGAAAGGCUUAGAGGGUCAGGGUUAGGAGUGACUUACCUUUCAUCCAAAGAGCGAGGCAGUUGUCCACGGAUAAAAAUUGAAAAAUGAGUUGCAAAUUAUAACCGGGCAGGCCGCCCAACUAAAGUCUCUUUGUGGAACCACUGAACAAGUUCUCCAAAACUCUACCUCAAAAUUAUUAAACUUGCCUACUUUAUUGCUCUAUUACUGCCACCCUGUUAAACUGGCAUAUUCUGUUUAUUUCUGACAGUGUUGCACUCUAGAAGUGGUUCUCCACACCUGACGCCAAGUUGCAAGACUCUAAAGAUCAAACACUGUUUUUCUAUGGCUCUGCCCACCACUCUUUUAAUCCCUUACCCGUCUUACAGCAGUGAUGUAAUGGUGACCAAGUUUAACCCCUGAGAUCUCUUGAAAAAUAUGAGAAAACAAACAAAAAAAAAACGCACAAUGUAUAGAUGUUGUACUAUAACUGUAUUGGACCAUCUGUAUGAUAUCUUCUAUCUGAUCUGUCUAUUGGACCAUUGUGUUGAUGCUACUGUACUAUAGACUACACGCACUACAAUAUCACUCAAACAGGAGACGUCCGGGUUGGUUGUGGCACUCGCAGACGCUUCAGUGCCUCUAGUUGUUGUCACCUGAUAGUAACUGUCUAAAAAUCAUAGUGUAUAGUUGAACCUUUUUCAUCUUAGCACAACAUGAAAAAAAUGGGCAACCCGAGCUGCCUGAGCUGUCCCCAGCUGAUUGUAGACCACUCAGAAAUUGGCCACCUCAGUGCCAGAACCAACCCACGUCACGCCGGACGGCUGCCGGCCCAGCUCUCGCCCAGAACUCUAUAUCUGAAAGUUGAGCCACUGAAUUUACUGGAAGCCUCGAGUAGUAUCGAUAACAUCUACAAGCUCUGUAAACUUUUAUUUUUAAAAAUGAGCUUUUGAUUCCCAUCACACUCCACUGUGGUCUCUGUCACGUCUUAAUCUGUACCAGAAACCUGAAUUAGUCUGUGCAUGUGCGUACGAGUUCCUAUUACCUUUAUGUUUAAAAGUAGUCAUUAGGUGUGUUAUGUAGAAAUAGUUCUGUUUGUUGUGGGUGCAGUAAAAGUAGGUCGAAUUUCAACCAAAUGCUGUGAGUUGAAUCUUGAAACGAAAGAUUAGUUUUGCACUAAACUAAUACAGUUAAGUCGUUAGUACAGCUUAAUCUGUUCAAACAGUUUCAGUUAAAUCAUCAUCUUACAAAUGUCACAAUAUAAACAAUUUUCCAGAGCCAAAAGUGAUUAACAAUAAAUGCGCCCCAAAAAUGCCUCUCUAAUUUUUAGUUGCACAAAAAGACAUAAAGUCAAAUGUCAGGGUUUCAAAAUCACAGUAUCAGCUUUUGAAUUACAUUAAUAUUUGUUAUAACCAAAACCAAAACCAGUGGUGGUAUUAUAACCUGUAGCUUUUCCACAGUGGAACGUGAUGGGAAGGGUGAGAGGAGAGCAAAUGGCGACAGUGGUCAUGAGCUGGUUUCAAACCAAUGAUGUCGCAAGAACUUGGGAUGUGCCUUAGCCCACUGCGCUACAAGGGCACCACAAGAAAGGAGAUUUCAGUUUUAAAUUACCUCCAGAAUCUUUUUUUCUCCUCAAUUUUGGAAAGUGCAACCAAAUAUUCAGAGGCUUAAAAAAAACAAAAAACCAGCCAGAAGCCAUCAGUGAUCCACCUGAGCUGGAUGUAAGGUUCUGGGCAAGUCAGUGUAUUUCUGUACUGCUGUUGUUUCUCUAUGGACUGUACUGUGAUACUGCCUUAGGAAUCUAACAUCAUAAUACCACAAUACUACUCACAGAGAGGAGGAGGGGAGGGAAGGAAACAUGAGAUGUCUUAAAUGUAGGUAAAUGUAUGUUUAUCUUGUUUAUAGGGGUGCAAGGGGCGGAAUUAUUGUCUGGUUUACAAAAUUGCAGAAAAUUGACUCUUUUAAUUCCAACUAAAAAAAUGAAACCCAAAAAAUAUAAAAUUCAGUAAAUAUUUAUAAAACAGUAUUUUUUUUUCUUGGUGAAUGACUAAUUUGAAAUUGCAGCGUGGGUCAGAUUUAUUAAUAAUGAUCCAAAACUAGACAGAAGUUAGAAAAAAACAACUGAAUGAAAGUCACUUUAUGAUGUCAUGGAGCUCCGUGUGUAUGCGCACUGCUGAGAGAAUGAAUGCAGAGACUUUGUGAGCUUUGCAGUUUGCAUUAUAAAGCAGUCAGUGAUUUACCUGCCUGCGAACCUCAGCACAAAACAGUUUUGUUCACAACUUCUAGAUCUCCACCUGCACCAAUCGUACACAUCGUAACGUCUUCCCCUCCAAAAAAUGCAACAUUCCCUGUGAGAUUUGUCAAAGCCCCACAAGGAAUAGGUACAAAAUAAAGCAUACAAACAGUUAAUUAACCGUUUGCAGUUAAUUAAAACUCAGAUUGUUAAUAAAUCUGGCCCUAAUUGAUUUAUCAUUUGGGAACUGCAGUGAUGUACACUUGUGCUCAGAGGUAAUCUGAAUGCACCUCUUGGACAAAUAGGUGGGAAAAACGAUCUCAUUUGUAAAACACUUUUGUACCAGUACAGUUAUAUUGUGUCACUGUAGCGCUGAUUGUCAUAUCAGUAACAGACUUAAGGAGUCUGUGCAUUUUGCCAACCGUCUUUCAGCUCUGCUAACAAACCCGACCGCUGUAACACUGGAUCUAAACGCAUCCACCUGUUGUGUCUUUGCUCGUGGGAGAGUGUGUGUAUGUGUGUGUGUAAAUGUCGUUUAUGGUAACAGGGUUUCGUGUGUAUGCGUGUCUGCGCAUGUAAAAAUGAAAGAGCAAAUACAUGGAAAGAAAAUCUGCC